AUGACGACAGUAAAAGCCGGUGCAUCAUAUCAAGUAAAUAUGACCAAAGAAGCAGAUAAUAAAAGUGCUUCCUGCCCUUCCAAGGGACCCAAGUUCAGUUUCCAGCACCCACAUCAACGGCGGAGAGCCCUGGGGUCUGGCCGGCCUGCUCGCCCACAGCCUGGCACCCGGAGGCCUCCCCGCGUGCAUCCCACCUCCUUCCUACCCGACACCAGCCGCAGGCCUCGGAAGCCGCCCGCUCGCCUCCGCCGCCCCCGUCAUUCUCCGUUCUCCAAGCCCCGACCCACCAUCCUCGCGUCCCCCAGCCCCGCGUUCCCGCGGCCUGCGCCCGCCGCCUCCCGGGCCGCCCCCGGCUGGCCCGCCGCUCCUCCGGGUCAGGCCGUCGCCGCCGCGCUCUCUCCCCCCGACCCCCCCGCGCGCCGCCCCCUCCCCUCCCCCGCCCUCCCGGGCCCCGGCCUGCCAGGCCGAGCGUUUACCGCGGGCUGGCGCCGAGGCGCGCGGUCACUGACUGCAGACGGCCGCAGCUCCGACCUUCCCACGGGCCCGGCGAGGAGGGCGAGGGGGAGGGGAGAGAACUUUUGCUGUGGCAGCUCCGGCGACAGCUCCCACCCCUGCGCCUUUCUCCUCUUCCUCCCCCUCCUCCUCCUCCUCUUCCUCCUUCUCUUCCUCCUCCCAGAGCAGUCGAGAGGCAGACAUGGCGCGGCUAGAGCGUCGCCGCGGUCGCCGCCGCUGCCGGCGCGGUGCAUUAUGGGAAGCCUCGCACACAGGAAGCGCUCCGGGCUGCCCGCCCUCGCCUGGCGGGGAGAGGUGGCUGCGAGACCUAGCGUGGCUUUGAUUCCGGCGCCUGCGUGUCAGCAGUGCAGCGUGGCCCGGGAAGCUGGCCCCGCACUGAGGGUCCCCCUGAUGGGCCUGAAAGGAAAAUGCUUUGAAAUAGAUCAGAUCUGAGAAAGCUACUGGGAGGGACGUCCUCCCCUUGAGGUUGGGUGCUUGCCUGGCACCCUGAGAAGUGAAAAAUGGGGAUUAAUAGCGGUCCGGACCCCGGGAAGUGGAAGAGGCUGGAACGUAGAUGAAGGGUUUAGCCAGGAUUUCUUGGAUCUUUCCUUUAUUCUCUUACCUAGCCUCUCCUCUUUUUCCGAAAGAUGCAACCCUGCACCCUUGAAACUAAAACUGCGAUGCUGGAUGUGGGCACCGAGAAAAAGCAAGAGAACCCAGUCAGAACUUCGUUGGGCCCAACCCUUGGUCUGCAUGUCUGCAAAGAAGUCAUUUAACUAACACCAAGACCCUGAGUUGCCUAUACGAAGGGAGGGCUUACAGUUACUGACCUUUGUACACACGCACUAGUACAAGGUUAGCUAGGUAACCUAAUGUAUUCAGUGAACGUCGAACGGUUAUCGGGAACUUAAUGAGAGAUGGAGCACCUUCGUUAUGAUUUCAUAACAACCUCAAGGCUUUAUUUAGCACCUCUCUGCAAUACUUAAACAUAACCUUUCAGGUGAGAAGGAAAGGAAUGAAAAUAUCUACAUAACCAUUUCUGGAAUUCUCUCCUUGUCCACACCCACCUCCCAAACCUUGAAUGUUCAUUUGAAUGGUGCUUUUUGGCAAAACUUCAAACUCCCGCAUUAUGCACUUGUGAUGACACUGAAUUAGAUUACUGUCUGCAAGGUUAAUAUUCCCUCAGGCAUUAACCUUACUAAACCAUGAUGCUGCUUGAAGUAGCUAAGGCUCAGAAGUUCAGCUGAAUUCAAACACAGUCAACUAAGAAAGGAGCCCGACAGCUUCACAAUAAACUCUCCAAGAGCUUUCUCCACUAAGAAAAAUAGAAAUUUCAAUGACAGUGCAUAUUGUGGAUGCUAAUUGUAACAAAACAGUGGUAUAAGCUAGAGCAAGGGACAGUUAUCUGGAGGACAGCUUUCUGGCAACUUCUAGCAACUGCGAUGAUAUCAAAUUCAGAUAUAUUAAAAGACGAAACAAAACACUCUGGCAGCAAAGAAACUAACUUCAGGUUUAAUCUGUGGAGAAGCUAAGAACUAGAAAGAACUGAAAGCCAAGGGUUACGCCCAAUGGACUAAGAUGAGUAGGGUUCACUAGGAAUAGAUCUCUCUGUUUCUGAACAUAAUUAAGAGACAAUGAAGAAACAACCAUCUAAAAUGGGCAGAGUGAGGAAGACUAUAGACCAUGACUUCAAAGACAGGGUUUCUCUGUGGAAUACCCCUGGCUGUCCUGGACUUGCUUUAUAGACCAACCCGGCCUCAAACGCAGAGAUCCCCCUGUCUCUGGUUCCCGAGUAGGAUUAAAGGCACACUAGGCUUGAUUUAAACAUUUUUAUUGUUAUAA